AUGGCCACAUUGAUAUUUUCCUUCUCAACCCAACGUUUUGAUAAUAAAUACAAGUAGAUAGAGAAUUGAAAAUGAAGAAAAGUCAUUCUUUCUCAUCUUCAAAAAAUCAUGAAUGGAUGGUUAUUGGUCAUCAGAUACAGAUUGUUAAGCUAAAUAUAAAAGUGCUGGAGUAAUGAGUUGUGGUAAUUACUAACAAAACUGCUGUGAUGGUACUAAGUGCAGACAAAAAGAAAAUUUCUACUCCUCAUCUUUGAAAUGUGAUCAAAGAAAUAAAGUACAAAGAUGCACUACUCCAAAAGAUAUAUAAAUUUAAUAUUAAAAAGUUAAUCUGUUCUUCUGA